AACGCGGCUUGACCGUGAAACUACGUGGUGGAAACUUCACAGACUAUGGAUGUUUUAACGAUGAGUAAAUUUCUCGGAUGGCAAUGAGAAUGUGUUCGUGCUCUUCUCAUGGACGACGAACACGCAACUCUUCUCUUUUCCCCACAGAAGCUUCUCCGUAGAAAUCGCGAGGGUUCUAGCGAAGGAGCAGGCGGCGUCCGCGGCGGGGCAAGGAUUCUUGGAGAAAGGGCAUGGCGCCAGCGCCCGGGUAGGCAGGCGACGCGCGAAAUGCGUGUGCGCGAUCGCUGUUCUUGCUGCGGGCAUCCAUUGUGAUCGCGAUUAUCUAGGUCUGUGGAGGAAAUCGGUGGAUUGAGCUUGUCUAGGGAAGAAAUCGUCGCCCGGGUGGAAGAUUACGGUGUGAGCGUGGGAUUGCUUGUGGUUUCAGUGAUCUGUAUGUGGUGGUUUCGUCGGCGCCGGGGCCGAAGGGAUGAUCGUCCAAAGCGCAGCAUUGCGAUGUCUUCUUCUUCGUCCUCCGGGGACUACAAACUUGCGUGCUACUCUUACACCGAUUUACAAUCCGCUACAGAGAACUUCUCUCCCGAGAAGAAGAUUGACGAGGGACAAUUUGGCGAGCUCUACAAGGGUGAAUUGUCGGAUGGAACCAAGUUUGCGGUGAAGAAGCUUUCAUCAAAGUAUCACAAAGAAGACCACAGUGUGUUCGCUAGCGAUGUUUCCAGUAUCUUCGCUGUUGAGCAUCCAAAUCUCGUCAAGCUCAUGGGCUGCUGCAUCGAGGCCGAUGAGCAAUUUCUGCUGUACGAGUUCCUCGAGAACGGAAGACCACUCUCGCGGCUUCUCUUCAACCCAGAUAAUGGCGAAUGCCUAAGCUGGCAAACAAGAAUGACCAUUGCGAUUGGGAUCGCUCGGGGUGUUAAUUAUCUCCAUGAGGAAGCUCAUGUUAUCCACGGGGAUAUCCAAGCAAGCAAUAUCAUCAUUGAUGAGAACUUCACACCGAAAAUCUCGGAUUUUGGUCUUACAAGCCUUCUACCUGACGAGGAUAGCUACAUCAACUCAAGAUUCAGUGGAACUUUGGGUUACAUUGCUCCAGAAGUCGCUCAAGGCAAGCUGACGGACAAGGCCGACGUAUUCAGCUUUGGAGUCUUGCUCCUGGAGAUCGUGAGUGGGAGGAACAACUUCGAACCAGAUCUACCAAUGGAGACGGUGUUCCUCGUACAAUGGACUUGGAAACUAUACGAGCAAGGCAAAGUUUUGGAGCUGGUCGAUCCACUGCUCAACAACGAUUUCCCGGAGGAGGAAGUUUUCAGAGCCAUCCACAUUGCGCUCUUGUGCACGCAAGACUCCGUCAAGAGCCGGCCACACAUGGUCCAGGUACGAGCCAUGCUAACAGGUGACUGGGAAAUCUCCGUGUUUCCGUCGAGGCCAGGAUCGCUGACGGGCCCGUGAAGUGAGCGAUCGCUCACGCGGAUCUUUGUCUCGUCCCGGAGAAAGAUUUGUAACUGCGUUUUCAACGCUCAGGUACGAUUGCAACUAGUUUCGCAAUUGACAAGUCUGGUUGCAGCGUCAAAAGGCAUGACUUUUUUUGUAUGGAAGAAAAAAAAAGUAUGUAAAAAUCAUUAAAAAAAAUGUAGAUUCUUUUUCUUC